AUGCCAAGAGUAGAAAAGGAAGACCAAGAAAGCAUGGCUAUGAAGUUGUUAAGUGUACAAAACAGCCCUGUUGAAUGUGAAUUUUAUGUCUGUAAAUGGGAUAAACAAGUUUGGGGAAGACUAAAUGUUCCCAAACAUAGUUUCAUCCUUUGGAUGGCUAUCCAAGACAAAUUGAAAACAAAAGUUAGGCUCUUUAAGUUCAAGGUGAUUGAUGAAGAAGUGUGUGGAUUAUGUAAUAUUCACAAAGAGAAUGUGGAGCAUCUGUUUUUUCAUUGCUCUUUUAGCCAUGUUUGUCUUCAAGUGUUGAAAACUUGGCUCGGUUGGAAUGUAAGGGCUGAAGACCUCCAGUCCUUGAUCAGGUGGAUAGAGCGAUCUAAGCAGUCUCAAUUCAAGAAAAAGGUUCUUGCAGCAGCCUUGGUGUAUCACUUGUGGCGCGCUAGAAAUGACGAAGUUUUGAAGAUUAGCUCUAGUAGUCAAGAGGUGAUUAUAAGGAGGACUAAGGAAGCUGUAAAGCUUAGAGUAAGUUGUGCUAUGCCUAGAAAGGUUAGUUCAGAGGAUAAAAAUUGGUUUGCCGAAUUGUAA